AUGCGCUACAUUCAUUCGAAGGAGGAACUCAAGAUUCCUGAGGGAGUCAAAGUCCACAUCAAGACUCGCAUCGUCACAGUUGAGGGCCCGCGAGGCAAACUCACCAACAAUCUCGGCCACGUCAGCGUCUCCUUUUCCGUCCCCGACAAGAGCACCAUCAACAUUGAGCUCCACCAUGGCGCACGCAAGAACGUGGCCACUCUCCGCACAGUCCGCACCAUCAUCAACAACAUGAUCGUCGGUGUGACCAAGGGCUUCAAGUAUAAGAUGCGAUACGUCUACGCCCAUUUCCCGAUCAAUGUGAAUAUGGAGAAGAACAAGGAUACCGGCCUGUGGCAGGUUGAGAUCAGAAACUACCUCGGCGAGAAGACGAUCCGCUACAUCACCAUGCAACCCGGUGUGGAUGUUGCAGCCUCGAAGAACGUCAAGGACCAGCUCGAACUCACCGGCAACUCGCUAGAGAACGUCUCACAGUCUGCCGCCGACAUCCAGCAGGUCUGCAGAGCGAAGAACAAGGAUAUCCGAAAGUUCUUGGACGGGCUGUACGUGAGCGAGAGGACGAACAUUGUGGAGGAGUAG